GAACACUGGAACAAAAAAGGAGCCCAAACAACCAAAGGCGGGAAGAAAGGGUUUGUUCUUCGCAGUUUUGAAAACCCUAAGAGAGAGAAAAAAGCUCAGAGAAAGAGAGAAUAAUGGCGCACAGAGAUGAACACCACGAAGCAACCGACGGUUUGGAGAACCUUUUGAAGAAAGCCAACCACGAUUUGACACUGGUUCAACUCAAGCUCGACAAGGAGUUUCAACAGACUUAUCCCGAAAAUGCAAAUCCAAUGAAAAUAGUUUCUAGAAUAAAAAAGCUUCAAGAAGAUCUAUUUACAUUGAAGGAUCAGUGUCGUGAGCUUUUGUCAGCCAAACAGGAUUUGAUUGAUAAAGCUAGGACUGUUAUUGUUGGGAAUAGAAACUCAAUCCAGAGAAUGCAAAAAUCAAUGGGUCUUACUCAAGUAGAUGAUUCUGGUGAUUCUGCUUUCGAAAACUUCAAUCAGAUCAUUGAUGAGUGGACUGUUCAAGUUAGAUCGAGAACAGGAGAUGAAAUUAAUGCUUCUGACCCUGAAGAUGUCAACAAAUUACUUUUCUCCGCUAUAGUUGAGAGUAACUAGACAACAAACUCUUCAAAUAAAUUUAUUGUGUUUAUGGAUGUAGGGAAAUAUACUAAAAUCUUGUUUGUGUAUGAGAAUGUAAUUAUGUUGGAAGUAGAUAAAAGUUUAAAUAUAUUCCAUUAUUUGAGUAAGAAGAUUAUAAGAUUUCAAUAUGUAACCAUUAUAAUACGUUUGUUCAUUGUAAAAUUUCAAUAUGGUAUUGAGGCGAGAUUGUGGGUACCUCAGCAUACAUGAAGCCAACAAAGUCCUUCGAAAUUGGGAAGGUGGCUUGACGACGCCUAUUUUCUAACCUAGGUUCUACUGGAGGUGAUCGCCUCGACCCAACUUCAUAACCUAUGGUUGUUGUAACACAAGUAUUCGACAUGAAUAAUGAACAUGGACAUAUCUCAGGGUACCUAAAACGAUUUCGUGAAAUUACGUUUAUUAUUCUAUUUUAUUCUUUAAAA